GUCGCGUUCCUGUGAGCGACGGUGGAGUUCAGUAUGCCAAAGGGUUUCCUAGGUGCCGGGAGUAGCCACACGCGUUCAUUUAUUAUUCAAAUGGAGUGUAUCGGUCGUCGGUGAGUCGCUAGUGGAGUUUUCCGGUACAUAUUUGGCUACAUGGUCGACGCAAAUCAGCGUGGAAAGUUCGCGUACUGCAAUGGGUUUGUUAGAAGCGCGUUACUAACAUCAAAGCACGAAAUAGUGAUUUGUUCGCUUGCGUACCGUGAUGCAUAGGAUGUGGCAUUGACAGCCCGCCAGGACGAACGGGUUGAAUGAACUGGUGACUCAGCGAGACCCUACAGAAUAGCAGUACACGCAGACAGACAGUGGCGCUCGAAGCGCGAGGAGUGCAAGCAAACACACCGUGUAGUGACUUCCGACCGCGACUGAUUUGGACUUCGUUCGGUCAAAGAGGGAUAUUUCGUUACGAUUCGGUCGAGCUGUGCUGCGAAAAAUAACAUAAAAAUCGCAUCCCAGUUGAUUAUGCUCAGUUGUUUUGUGCUUUUGGUAUCUUCAAUUGUUUAUUCUCAAGCCUUGUCGCUAACUUCUCGAAGUUUGAUUGAAAGAAAAUUUAAUCGAGUGGAAUCCAGUGAUAUGGUGUAGUACUGAACGGUUUGCAGGAAUAGUUUUGCGGUGGUAAAUCUAUUAUUUGGAUAACGAAGAAGGGUGAAGAAAAAUCAGCUAGUGAAGCUAGUGCGGAUACGAUUGCAUAAGUUCUUUUGUUCUCUGCAGCAUAAUCGUGCAGGGAAAAAUAAGGCAUAAUUGUGCAGGAAAAUAAGCAAAAAAAACAGUAAGAAGCAAAAAAUCGAUGUGCUUGUGAUAAAAUUCGUUGCUAAUUUAGAGGAGUUUUUUUUAUAGAAUACUAAUUUACAAUCGAUAAGUGAUCGAAGUGAACUGCUGAAAAAAAGUUCUAAAGUGAUCGAAGGUGGACAUUAAAAAUGUCCUCCAUAUCUGCACAAGGAGUAGUCGAACGCGCUUCGGCUGAGCUUUCCAAACGUAUUAAUGGCUUGGGUUUGCGUUCGAAACAUCAUCAUGGCAGUGGAAGUGGUAAAUCUGGUGAGAAGACAAGCGUAAUGGAACGUGUCACAAAUGUGCUCUGUGGUGGAUCUAGUAGCAACAAUUCAGCACAAUCGGUAACCUCUGGAAACGCACCAGAGAAACCUUCCAGAAUAACUGGUAAUAUGACGACCAAUAUGUCAAACAGUGGGAAAGGAUCUUCCAGCAGUAAAUCACAAUCUAACACGCCGCAAACAACCCGAAAAAUUGCACUUCACCACCAGCACUACAGUACUAAUAGUAAUAUGAACCAUCACGGAGUGUUAAAUGUGCACAGUGGUAAACUGAUGGCACCAGCUCCCCCUCCUCCUCAAAUUAUUACUAUCGAACAAUUGCUUCAAGACGAACGGUUUCUCAAUCGAUUCUUCCUCUACUUUUCGUCAUUCGAACGCUGCAGUUUAGCACAAGUUUGCCAAAAAUGGCGCGACAUGCUCUAUCGUUCGCCUCGUUACUGGAGUGGUUUAGUUCCGGUCCUACAGUGUCGCGAACUGCGUCAAAUCACGAAUCAGGAUCGAGUGAAACUCUAUAACUCACUAAUCCGACGAAGUUUCCACGCCGUUUCUCUUAUGGGAGCAACCGACGAGGAUGCACUGGAUCUGGUGCACUCUUUUCCUCUCGCCUCAAAACACGUACACUCGCUUAGUUUACGAUGUUCGUCCAUCAGCGACCGAGGAUUGGAGGCAUUACUGGAUCACUUGCAGUCCCUGUUUGAGUUGGAACUAGCUGGAUGUAAUGAAAUCACCGAAGCUGGCCUUUGGGCUUGCCUAACACCGCGAAUAGUGUCCCUGUCGCUAGCGGACUGCAUAAACGUAGCCGACGAAGCUGUCGGAGCCGUAGCACAACUGUUGCCUUCAUUAUACGAGUUUUCGUUGCAGGCGUAUCAUGUAACAGAUGCAGCCCUGGGAUACUUUUCGCCUAAGCAAAGCCAUAGCCUAAGUAUUUUGCGAUUACAGUCGUGCUGGGAACUUACAAAUCAUGGAGUAGUGAAUAUAGUACAUUCGCUGCCUCAUCUAACAGUAUUAUCGCUAUCAGGAUGCAGCAAGGUAACGGAUGACGGAGUAGAGCUGAUAGCAGAAAACUUGCAGAAGCUUCGUGCCCUUGAUCUUUCGUGGUGUCCCAGAAUAACAGAUGCCGCUCUCGAGUACAUUGCCUGUGAUCUAAACCAAUUAGAGGAACUGACUCUCGAUCGUUGCGUUCACAUAACUGAUAUUGGCGUCGGUUACAUUUCAACAAUGCUGUCGUUGUCGGCACUAUUUCUGCGCUGGUGUACCCAAAUCCGUGACUUCGGAUUGCAACAUUUGUGUUCGAUGCGUAACCUUCAGGUGCUCUCUUUGGCCGGAUGCCCCCUGCUCACCUCAUCAGGCCUUUCGAGUCUGAUCCAGUUACGACAUUUGCAGGAACUUGAGCUGACGAAUUGUCCAGGAGCAUCACAUGAACUUUUCGACUAUCUUAGAGAACACCUACCACGUUGCUUGUUAAUUGAAUAAUUCAUAUUUUCUUUUUCAUUUUUGUUUUGUUAAACAUUUCUCCCUAUAGAAAUUCAAUAAUUAUUAGACUGCAAAAUCGAAUAGAUUAGGAGUGAAAUACUCUACCUGAAGUAGUCAAAUAAACAGCAGCAGAAAACUAAAUGUGAAUGAUUAAUUUAAAUUGAUGGACUAAGUAUUACUCGGAACAGUAGCUCAUACUUCACAUUUCCUUCGACGUCGUGUUACCAUUUGGAAAUGAAAUUGCAAAGGUUGAUUCAAUUUUAAAUAUCCACACAAAAUAAAUCGGUGUCCUGUCAAAUUUGAGUAUAAGGAAACAUUCGGUUCCAUGAAUACCCUCAUUGAAUUAUUAUUAGCUCAUAAAAUCUCUAGUUUUUACAUUGUUGUAAUAGUCAUUCAUUUAUGCUAAGGACAAACAAUGUUGAAUCUCUGAAUAAAAGAUAGCGACACUUUAAUGAUCAUGUCCGUUCCGAUUGGAUUUUUGAAUGUUACUUGUAAAAGAGAGUGCAAAUGCAAUACGUAUUAUCCUUCGAAAACCUUACAUGUGUGGAAACAAUCUAUUGGACAAUUGAAGAAUGACUAAUUGACACACUCAAGUGAAAGGAACGUACAAGAACAUAUUUCAUUACGACAUUUUGGAUUUCUUUCACAGUGGAACGAGAUCCUCUUCAAAAUUGCUAAUAAAUCGUUCAAAAAUAUAUGACUAACUGUAUGUCUACCUGGCCAUCUAAGUUAUGACAAGCAUUGACUAAUUGUCAACUGAUGUAAAAUUAAUAAAAAUUCUAUGGAGAUAAUUUCAAGUAUUGACAAUUAUUAGGAUUCGACUAAAUGGAUUGCUUCUGAAGGCGGAUGUACGCGAUAACGGCUGUGUAGAUACUGAACACUGAUGUACAAUUGGAACUAUAUUUUGUAAAAACCUGUACUAUUGGUUCAAUAAAAAAAUAACAGUGCAAUUUGAGUGAAUUUGAAGAAAGUACGAAUUUGUGACCUAGUUUUAAUAAGUAUUCCUAAGGUUUUUUUGUAAGAUGAAAGAAUUUAUCGGGAAAAAAUGCAGAAAGCUAUUAGUACUUUAAAAUAGGAGAAAAAUUCGAAAGAAAACAAAAAUUGUUACAAUUAUUUGUGUAAUGUUGACGCAGAAAUCAAUGGCAAAAGAAUGUUGUAAAUAUUUUAAUCUGUAAGCGCCAAUUGUUGACCGUAUUGUAAAGCUAUAUAUUAAUCUGACACAAGAGUAAAAAAAAACAAACAUGGAAAGUCCCAAACAUUUUUCUUAUCAACAAACAAUGCGAGCCCUGAUAUUAAAAGAAUAAAAGAAAGAUUACGAUGA